AUGACUACUGGGAUCACAUCGUUAUCUUCUUCAAAGUUUCAAAGAUUUAUUAAUCAUCCCGCAGGACCAAAAACUAUUCAUUUUUGGGCACCAAUAAUGAAAUGGGGUCUGGUUAUAGCUGGCAUAAGUGAUUUAAAACGUCCCGCAGAAAGUUUAUCAGUAUCUCAAAAUAUUGCUCUCACAGCUACUGGUUUGAUUUGGUCAAGAUAUUCUACUCAAAUUAUACCUAUAAAUUAUCCAUUAUUAUCUGUAAAUUUGUUUCUGGCAGGGACAGGUGUAACCCAAUUGUUCAGGAUAUAUAGAUAUCGUCAAAAUCAAAGUAAAUCUUCUGUAAAUGUUACCACAACGAAAGUUAGUCAUCCCGCUUCAUGA